AUGAUGAUGAUGAUGAACCGUGUGAUGUGUGUGUUGGCCGUUGUGCUGUGCUGCGCCUGCGGGUAUACCAUGGCGGCUGCUGCUACUGCUACUAAUGGACAAACAAAGGCGGUGAUGGCUUCGGACCAGGAGAAAAAGGAAGAUGACGUGUUCGUUUUUGAGGAAAAGGCUAACUUACCUAAAGGGUAUAAUUGGAGCACUGAUUGGCAUUGGAAUGUAACUCUACAAGAACAGAUGGUGCGAGUGGAGUGUCAGAAGAAUGAAUCUGCUGUUAUUGCUGGAAAAAACUGUUCGGAGUGGUUAAAAUCUCUGGAUACUAAACCUUCAUCAAUUUCGGGUGAAGAUAGUCACUCCGUUUUGUCUCCGGUGAAUGAUCUUGAACAGGUGCAGGAACCUCCUGCCAGACCCGCUGGGGCUACAGGACCCACCCAAGAAACAGAAACAAGAGUUGGUGCAACUUCAACACAAGGCAAAAAUCAAGAGUCUACUGCAGCAUCACAAAGCGAUCAAGGAGCAUCGGGCAACACAACUGAUAACAGUACACCUGCCGAAUCUAAUCUUACCCAGCAACCUCAUACAGCUGCCCCAUCAGCCUCAGAAGAAACCAAUUCCACUACUCCGCCGAGCCCUGAGAACACUACCACAGAAGCACCAACCACCACUCCAUCAUCUCCCGUAACUGGUACAGAGAUCAGCAGCAUUGCCUCCGCUGUACAGAAGAACAAGGCUAAUGUUGACAGCAGUAUCAGUCCUCUGUAUAUGCGCACUGCAGCACCGCUACUAAUUGUGGCUGCGUUGUUCUCCGCUACCGUGUACUGA